AUGGACUAUGUCACCCGCGGGGUAUGCGGCCAGGAGGGAUGCCGUGAGAGACGAUAUUAUCUCGACAACGGUCACUGGUUUUGUCGGCGCGGCCACUUACAAGAAGGUCAACAAAUUGAAGAAGAUCCGGAUGAUUUCGGGACUCAGGGUCAAAGGCACCGGGUGAAGAAGGAGAAGGAGGAGAGGUCUCGAAGGAGUAUGUCGGAUCCCGUCGACUUUAUUCAACCGCUAAACGCGUAUCAGUUGAUUCUGUGGAAGCAAUGCGAUGCGUUGGUGAAUGAUCAUGGCUUCCCAGAGGAAUUCGAGGCCGUUGUUCGAGAUCUCUGGGCUUUACGGCUUCAAGGCUUUACACUGCGGAUCAAUGCGUCCGCAGAUGACGAAGAUGAUGAGAGCGAGCGCGAAGUCUUCAGCUCUCAGGCCGCUGACACCGACGAAUCCGACGAUCUUGGGUUCAAGGCAAGAGGAAAAUAUCUUCAGUGGCCUCGUAUGCUUGACACGGUCGGUCUCUGCUAUCUGGCAGCUCUCUUGAUGCGACUUCCUAUCUGUGUCAGUGACUUUUAUCACUUGAUUAUACGCCAGGAAAUUCCCUAUAUCCGGGCGGUCAGAAGUGUACCCCGAGACAUGCGAGAUAAACUCCCUCCCGAGCUAAUCUCGCUUAUCGACCUUGUUCAUCUCCCAAAAGCGGAACAAAUACAUACUGGAUGUAGGGACUUGGUGAUAUACUAUCAACGCCGCUUUGAAAUUGCGCUUCCUCCGUUGAAUUCACCUCUUAUUCUUUAUCGACACAUCAAAAGGCUGGCCAUUCCAAUCGAUGUGUACGACACAGUCAAGACUCUGCAACAACUCAUUGACUUCAAUUUCACAUACCCAAGCGUGCUUGAAAGUCAAAAACGAAGGGACUCGCUCAAGCUACCGGAAGUGCAGCUGGUGGUACUUCUUGUCAUUUCUACAAAGCUUAUUUUCCCAUUUGAUGAUGUGAAGCGGUAUACGGCCUCACAUAGAGAACCUGCCACCCAGACCAUGGACUGGUCCAGAUGGGCAUACAAUCAGAAAUGGUUCGAACACCUCUCCAUGGCCCAAGACGACAAGCUCGACAAAGAGACGCUUAUUCGAGUCAACGAUCACGACGUCUUACAAAUGGAGCCCGAUCAGCUGGACCAGUAUAUGGACUGGUAUGAGAGCAGCUGGUUAGAUAAUUACAGGUCAAAGCACCCCGUUGCCGACCUGUUCUCGCCCAGUCGAUCGCAGCCACACAAUCAACCAAAGAGCGAGUCUUCCGAUCCCAAUGAAGCUCUUGAGCGAGUUCUCAAAUCUGUCAUGGUCGCCCUUGGACGCGCACCAGUCAACCCAAGCGAAGAUGCAGACCGAAUUCGACCAGGAUCAUGGUACCGUCGGUAUAGAUGGGAGUCUCAACUUCCUGAAACAGCCCGCAGAUUUUAUGAAAUUGUGGCAGAUCUGGCUUCCAUAUCGUUGCUAACCCUCGUGCGAGCUGUUUCUGUGACUGAAUGGAGAAUUGCCAAAUGGCUGGAAGACGAGCGGCGCGAAGCCUAUAUGACUAAAUGGGGCAUGGCGGAGGUUGAUGACGGCGAUGGCACCGAGAUGGAUGAGACAGACGAGGAAAAGUCCGAAUUUGAGGCGAAAGAGGGUUCAUGA